GCUAAAUCAAAUCACUGGGAUAGAAGAAGACCGAAUCAAUAAACCACAUCGCCCUAUUCCCUCUGGUCUUGUCACAAUAGAAGCUCUUAAACUUAGUAAUAACGCAUUCUGUAAAAACCUGUUCUCAGCUUUCGGUGCAUGGAUCAUGUUUAUUGUCUCCAAUAAUCUUAUCAUUG